GAGGGUGAAUGUAUCGCACAGGGGAUAUCAUCAGUGGCUACCCGGCAAUCAUUUUAGCCAGGUAGCCUAGGCCACCAAAAAAUAACAGUGUACUGCAUGACAAAGUGAUAGACCGUUUCGUCAAUAUGAAAGAGAGGAGGAUGGCAUUGGCUUUUCUCUACAGGUAGGAGUCGUUAAAGGGUGCCCGGGUCCUGGUGACUGGUGCCAGUACGGGAAUAGGUGAACAAAUGGCAUAUCACCUCGCCGGCUUUGGUGCCCAGGUGGUUAUUACAGCCAGGAGGGAAAAGGUUCUACAGCAGGUAGCAGAGAAAUGCCAGGUGUUGGGGGCCCAGAAAGCUCUAUACAUAGCAGCAGACAUGGCCAAUCCGUCUGACCCAGAGAGAGUGGUGAGGUUUGCUGUGGACAAGCUGGGAGGACUGGACUACCUGGUGCUGAACCACAUAGGACCCAGCCCAUUCGCCAUGUGGGAUAGAGAUGUGGAACACACUAGAUGGUUAAUGCAGGUGAAUUUCCUCAGCUAUCUGCAGAUGGCAAAGACAGUUCUGCCUAUCCUUGAGCAGAGUAAGGGUUCCAUUGUGGUCGUCACCUCCUUGUUAGGAAAAAUUAGCAGUCCGUUUGUGGCUCCCUACACGUCCACCAAGUUUGCCCUGAACGGCUUCUUUGGGACGUUGCAGCAUGAGCUUUCCAUGCAGAGGAGCAACGUGUCCAUCACCAUCUGCACCCUGGGCCUGAUCGAUACAGACUCAGCGAUGGAGAAAGUCAGGGGCAUCACCAACAUCCAAGCCUGGCCGGCCAGUGAGGCGGCUCUGCACAUCAUCACUUCUGGAGCCACGCAACAGACAGAGUCUUACUAUCCCUGGUUCUGGUACUAUUGCUGUCUCAUCAGAGACUGGUUCCCCUACUUCAGGGACAUGUGUUUACGUAACUUGUAUAAAUAUGAACCAUUUGCUUGAAAUAUACAUUACGAUAAUAUCGCUUUUGCAUUUUUCCCAAUUUGGUUUACACUUAUUUGUUGAUUUAAAAAAAAAUGCUGUUACAGCCAACUUCUCUGACAUUGAUCAUUUAAACACAGUUCUUUAAAUGAUAAACAGUUCGGUAUAUUGGAAGAUUUUCAUGUAAAACUGUGUUACUUGUUGGGCUUCUUCUUUGUAUAAUUGGUUGCUUUUCUGUGGUACAUUUCUGCAUGUUUAUGUCACAAUUUGAACUUUGUCCAUCCCCUCUCUCAUUGCUUUUGAAUGAUAUCCACAUGUAAUCAACAGUACUGGGGAGUAGUGAACUACAUGCAUGUAGUUCAACUAGUUCUUUAAUUACAUUUUGCAGUAGCUUGGUGGUAACUCAAUUCAAAUCUUGGUAGUGUUUUUAGUAGUAAAUUACUUUUUUGCCAUGUAGCAAUGUUGCUAAAUACACACUACUGUUUUUGCAAAAAUAAAUCAAAUAUGGGUGAAUUAGGCAAGAAUUCUUUCUCGGCAUCAUACCUGCCCAAUUCUCACUUGA